CCUUGCCUAGAAAAUCACAACACUUUAGAGUAAAUAUUCUCCCAUAUUCCAUAAAAAUUCUAUACCAAAAUUAGUUAAACAUGAAGGACACUAUAGUUCUCUACCCUGCCUUUGGAAGUGGACACUUAAUGUCCAUGGUUGAGUUAGGAAAACUCAUACUAACUCACCACCCUUCAUUUUCCAUCAAAAUUCUCAUUCUCACACCCCCCAACCAAGACACCAACACCAUUAACGUUUCCACGUCUCAAUAUAUAUCAUCUGUCUCAAACAAAUUUCCCUCUAUCAACUUCCACUAUAUUCCUUCAAUUUCAUUCACUUUUACUCUUCCACCUCAUUUACAAACCCUAGAACUCUCUCCUCGUAGCAACCACCAUGUUCAUCAUAUUCUUCAAUCCAUUGCAAAAACCUCAAACCUUAAAGCAGUUAUGUUGGAUUUCCUUAACUAUAGUGCUUCACAAGUUACCAACAAUCUUGAAAUUCCAACUUACUUUUACUACACCUCAGGAGCUUCUCUUCUAUGCCUUUUUCUUAACUUUCCAACUUUUCACAAAAACGCUACAAUACCUAUUAAGGACUAUAACAUGCAUACACCUAUUGAACUUCCCGGGUUACCGAGGCUAUCGAAGGAAGAUUAUCCUGAUGAAGGGAAGGAUCCAUCAAGUCCAAGUUACCAGGUUUUGCUUCAGUCAGCUAAAUCAUUAAGGGAAAGUGAUGGGAUUAUCGUAAACACUUUCGAUGCUAUUGAAAAGAAAGCUAUUAAAGCUUUAAGAAAUGGAUUGUGUGUUCCUGAUGGAACCACUCCGUUGCUUUUUUGCAUCGGACCCGUAGUGUCAACCUCGUGUGAAGAAGAUAAAAGUGGGUGUUUGAGUUGGCUCGAUUCACAGCCAGGUCAAAGCGUCGUUUUGUUGAGCUUUGGAAGCUUAGGGAGAUUUUCUAAGGCUCAAAUUAAUCAGAUAGCUAUUGGUUUGGAAAAAAGUGAACAAAGAUUCUUGUGGAUUGUUAGGAGCGAUAUGGAGUCGGAGGAACUAAGUUUGGAUGAGUUGUUGCCAGAAGGGUUUUUGGAGAGGACAAAGGAGAAGGGAAUGGUUGUUAGAAACUGGGCACCACAAGGUUCAAUACUAAGACAUAGCUCAGUUGGUGGGUUCGUGACUCAUUGUGGAUGGAACUCCGUGUUGGAAGCUAUUUGCGAAGGAGUUCCAAUGAUAACGUGGCCACUUUACGCGGAGCAGAAGAUGAAUAGAUUGAUUUUGGUGCAAGAAUGGAAAGUGGCUUUGGAAUUGAAUGAGUCAAAAGAUGGGUUUGUGAGUGAAAAUGAGUUGGGGGAGAGAGUUAAGGAGUUGAUGGAAUCAGAAAAGGGGAAAGAGGUUAGAGAGACAAUUUUGAAGAUGAAAAUAAGUGCUAAGGAAGCAAGAGGAGGAGGUGGAUCUUCUCUUGUUGAUUUGAAAAAGUUAGGAGAUUCUUGGAGGGAGCAUGCUUCUUGGACUAGUGUAUCUCCAAAUUCCCCCUUUCUUUUUGCUUGAGAAAUUUAGAGUUAGUUAUAGAAAAUAAGCUUGAAAAAAGUGUGAAAUUCAAAAGUGAAUUUAUAAGCACAAAUUUAGUGAGUAUUUGGUUAUGUUGUUGAUGAAAUUGAGUUUGAAUCAAUGAAUUUUAUAUGGGUGAACGUUGGUUCAUGAAA